AGUGUGUGUUUCUGGCUCAAGUGGUAAUUCUACCUCAGAAACAUGUUUGGUUACUAAUGAAGAAGCAGUGUUUUCAGAUGGCAGGAGAGGAUCUUAGAAACGUUUAGAAGUCACACAUCAAAGGGGAAAGCUCUACAUUUGUGACUAUUCAGAGGACAUCUUCUAAUAAAUUCAAUAAACCAACAAGACACGAAGAAUGGCCGCCCCAACGCAAGAGGCGACCAAUGGAGGCCCCUCUGCUGCAAAGUCCGAAGGCUCAGAAGAGUCCAUGAAGCUCAAGAAAGAGAUCUCUCUCCUGAACGGCGUCUGCCUCAUCGUGGGGAACAUGAUCGGAUCGGGGAUCUUUGUCUCGCCCAAGGGCGUCCUCAUCCACAGCGCCUCCUACGGCCUCUCCCUGGUGGUGUGGACCAUUGGGGGGAUCUUCUCCGUGUUCGGCGCCCUGUGCUACGCCGAGCUGGGGACCACCAUUACCAAGUCUGGGGCCUCCUAUGCCUACAUCCUGGAGGCCUUCGGGGGCUUCAUGGCCUUCAUCCGCCUGUGGACGUCGCUGCUUAUCAUCGAGCCGACCAGCCAGGCCAUCAUCGCCAUCACUUUCUCCAAUUACAUGGUGCAGCCCAUCUUCCCCACCUGUAUAGCCCCCUACGUGGCCAACAGGCUGCUGGCCGCUGCUUGUAUAUGUUUGCUCACCUUUGUAAACUGUGCCUAUGUGAAGUGGGGCACCAGAGUCCAGGACUUCUUCACCUACGCCAAAGUCAUCGCUCUCAUUGCAGUAAUCAUCACCGGCCUGGUGAAGAUUGGUCAAGGUCACACGCAGAACUUCGAGGGCCUCUUUGAGGGCUCCUCUACAGAUCCAGGAGGCCUCGCUCUGGCUCUGUACUCAGCUCUCUUCUCCUAUUCUGGAUGGGACACGCUCAACUUCGUCACAGAGGAGAUCAAGGACCCAGAGAGGAAUCUACCGCUGGCCAUCGCAAUAUCCAUGCCCAUAGUGACAGUUAUCUACAUUCUCACCAACGUGGCCUACUACACCAUCCUCCCCAUCAAUGCUAUCUUAGACAGUGAUGCGGUGGCUGUGACUUUUGCAGACCAGGUGUUUGGUGUGAUGAACUGGACCAUUCCCCUCGCUGUGGCUCUAUCCUGCUUUGGAGGACUCAAUGCAUCCAUCCUGGCUUCCUCCAGGCUGUUUUUCGUCGGCUCCAGAGAGGGCCACCUACCGGACAACUUGUGCAUGAUCCAUGUCCACCGCUACACUCCAGUCCCUGCCCUGCUCUUCAACGGCAUCAUGGCUCUGAUUUACCUGUGUGUGGAAGACGUCUUCAGGCUCAUCAACUACUACAGCUUCAGCUACUGGUUCUUUGUUGGUCUGUCCAUUUUGGGACAACUGUAUCUGCGCUGGAAGCAGCCAGAGAGAAAGAGACCACUAAAGCUCAGUCUCUUCUACCCCAUCAUCUUUUGUUUCCUCACCGUCUUCCUCGUGGUGGUGCCACUCUACAGCGACACCAUCAACUCUCUGAUCGGCAUCGGCAUCGCCCUGUCAGGUGUGCCUGUUUACUUCCUGUGCAUCCGCACUCCAGCCAAAAGGAGGCCAAUGUGGCUACGGCGUGCCAUUGCUAAAUACGGCCUGCUGAUUCAGAAGGUGUGUUACUCUGUUCUGACAGAAAUGGACAACAAAGCAGAGUAAAUGUUUCAUUUUAUCACCUGACCAAAGACUGACGCACGAAUGCAGAACCUGAACUCACCAUGGGUGGCCGAUCGCCGCUACUGAUGCACGACACAUUUUAAGGUUGCGCUGGACCCCAGCAGCACCCUGACCUGUCAAUCAUCAUCACCCAGCGAUAAUGUCAAUGAAGGUGAAAAGUGCCUGAGUGCUUUUUGACAAAGAUUUUCAUCUGGCUGAGAAUUUGAAGUGAAACUAGAAAUUAACUUUAUUCCGUUUUUAAUUAAACUGUGUUUAUAAGUAGAACUAUUCAAUUAAUAUAUAUAAGGAAAUUACAUAAACCUACAUGUAUUGCUUUUCUGAGUUUCCCAGAAAACGGUAAUGGGAACAUUUUUAUUUUCAGAAAAAGUUAGAAAAAGCACUGCCAACCAUAGAAACAGUCUGGGUUUUAUAUCAUUCACAUCUGCACAGAUAAAAUGUAGUAGGACAAUUCUUAAGAAUAUAAUGCAAAGGUGUUCAGAAAAUAUUUUGUACUGUAAGGUGUGAAGUCUACUGAGGGGCUAUUUUUACACCAUUUAACUAGCUGUUCAAUGUGACAGAGUUUGAGACGGCUAAGCUAAAAACAUGUAUUUAUAAUAAAAUGACUU